UCAUUGUACUCCUAGCCUCACCAGCCACUCCUUCAGCCUCAGGACCUUUGCACUGGCUCUUCCCCCAGCCUGGAACCCUCUUUCUGCAACACCCAUGGGCCCUUUCCUGGUCAUUCUUUGGGUCUGUAUUAGCUUCCUGUUGCCAAACACAAAGUACCACAGACUGAGUGGCUGAAAACAACAGAAAUCUAUGCUCUCCCAGUUCUGGAGGCCAGAAGUCUGAAAUCCAGGGGUCUCAGGCCAUGCUCCCUCUGAAGUCUCCAAGGGAGGGUCCUUCCUGCCCCUCCCGACUUCUGGGGGCCCCCGCCAUCCUUGGCUUGUAGGCGCAUCCCUCCAACCUCUGUCUCUAUCUUCAUGCGGCCUUUUGCCCUCUGUGUGCAUCUAUGUGUGAGUCCAAACUUCCCUCUUAUUAUAAGGACAUCAGUCAUUGGAUUCAGGGCCACCCUAAUCCAAUAUAACCUUGUCUCAACUCACCACAUCUGCAAAGACCCUAUUUCCAAACGAGGCCCCCUUCCCACGUACCAGGGUUAGGACUUGAACGUUUCUUUUGGGGGAACACAGUUCAACCCAGCCCAGGGUCUCAGCUCAAAUGUCACCUGUCCUGGUCUGAAGUCACCCCCUCCAUGGACCCUGAUUAUCCAUCCACACUGCUUCCUUACCCAGCCCUUGGGUAGACACCCCAGAGGGGGAUCCCGGGUCCCACGGUGGAUAAUCACUUCCUGAGCUAGCUACUAGGAUGGGAUGGGAUGGGACGGGCCGGGGUGGCGGGAUGGCGGGAUACGGGUGCUAACGCUGCCCCCGCCCUCAGGUGCCCACGAGGAUGGUGGCGCGGCCCUAGGCCCAGGCUCCGCACCAUGACCUGCUGGCUGUGUGUCCUGAGCCUGCAGUUUCUGCUCCUGCCCGCGGCCCCGCCCCCCGCUGGGGGCUGCCCGGCCCGCUGCGAGUGUACAGUGCAGAUGCGCGCGGUAGCCUGUCCCCGGCGCCGGCUGACCGCGGUGCCCGACGGCAUCCCGGCCGAGACGCGCCUGCUAGAGCUCAGCCGCAACCGCAUCCGCUGCCUGAACCCGGGCGACCUGGCCGCCCUGCCGCUGCUGGAGGAGCUGGACCUGAGCGAGAACGUGAUCGCGCACGUGGAGCCCGGCGCCUUCGCCAACCUGCCGCGCUUGCGAGAGCUGCGCCUCCGCGGCAACCUGCUGAAGCUCAUCCCGCCCGGCGUCUUCACGCACCUGGACAACCUCACGCUGCUGGACCUGAGCGAGAACAAGCUGGUCAUCCUCCUGGACUACACCUUCCAGGACCUGCGCAGCCUCCGCCGGCUGGAGAUGGGCGACAACGACCUGGUGUUCAUCUCGCGCCGGGCCUUCGCGGGGCUGCUGGCGCUUGAGGAGCUGACCCUGGAGCGCUGCAACCUGACGGCGCUGUCGGGCGAGUCGCUGGGCCACCUGCGGGGCCUGGGCGCCCUGCGGCUGCGGCACCUGGCCAUCGCCGCCCUGGAGGACCAGAACUUCCAGCGGCUCCCGGGCCUGCUGCACCUGGAGAUCGACAACUGGCCCCUGCUGGAGGAGGUGGCCGCCGGCAGCCUGAGGGGGCUCAACCUGACCUCGCUGUCCGUCACGCACACCAACAUCACCGCCGUGCCGGCCGCCGCCCUGCGCCACCAGGCCCACCUCACCUGCCUCAAUCUCUCGCACAACCCCAUCAGCACGGUGCCGCGAGGGUCCUUCCGCGACCUGGUGCGCCUGCGUGAGCUGCACCUGGCUGGGGCCCUGCUGGCCGUGGUGGAGCCGCAGGCCUUCCUGGGGCUGCGGCAGAUCCGCCUGCUCAACCUCUCUAACAACCUGCUGUCCACGCUGGAGGAGAGCACUUUCCACUCGGUCAACACGCUGGAGACGCUGCGCGUGGAUGGGAACCCGCUGGCCUGCGACUGUCGCCUGCUCUGGAUCGUGCAGCGCCGCAAGACCCUCAAUUUCGACGGCCGCCUGCCGGCCUGCGCCACCCCAGCCGAGGUCCGCGGCGACGCGCUGCGCAACCUGCCGGACUCGGUGCUCUUCGAGUACUUCGUGUGCCGCAAGCCCAAGAUCCGCGAGCGGCGGCUGCAGCAUGUCACAGCGGCCGCGGGCGACGACGUGCGCUUCCAGUGCCGCGCCGAGGGCGAGCCGGCGCCCACCGUGGCCUGGGUGACGCCGCGCCACCGCGCGGUGACCGCCGCCAGCGCCGGCCGGGCGCGCGUGCUGCCGGGCGGCACGCUUCAGAUCCGGGACGCGCGGCCAGGGGACAGCGGCACCUACACGUGCGUGGCCAGCAACGCGGGCGGCAACGACACCUACUUCGCCACGCUGAGCGUGCAGCCCGAGCCAGCCACCAACCGGACCCCGGGCGAGGGCCGCAACGACACGCAGGCGGCCGUGCGCUUUCCUCUGGACCUCACCACUAUCCUGGUGUCUACCGCCAUGGGCUGCAUCACCUUCCUAGGCGUCGUCCUCUUCUGCUUCCUGCUGCUCUUCGUGUGGAGCCGCGGCCGCGGGCAGCACAAGAACAACUUCUCGGUGGAGUACUCUUUCCGCAAGGUGGACGGGCCCGCCGCGGCUGCCGGCCAGGGGGGCGCCCGCAAGUUCAACAUGAAGAUGAUCUGAGAGGCCCCGGCCCACCUCCCGCGGCCCCCGCCGCUGCGCCUGCGCCAG